AUGACCAACUACAACUCAAUUUUCUUGGUGAUUGUCCUUUUAUGGCAUUAUUCCUCAUCAGAACUUAGUUCCGAAAACGUCGACGCCCCUUCGAGGUGUGAAUCGUGUGCCAUUUUCGCUAGAGAUCUGCAGGCCUCCGUUGACCGAACAAUUCAUAGGUCUGAAAGUUCUUUUAUUGAGUUGAUGGAAACAUUCUGCGCCUCCAUGAUAAAAUACAAGGUUCACAAAGGUCGCACUGGCUUGUCACGGUUUUGUACUGAGGAAAGUGAUACGAUGAAAGCAUUGAAAGAUCUGAAGAACAAAGGAGUAGAGGUGAAUCUUGGAAUGCCUUAUGAGAUGUGGCAACUUCCAUCUGCAGAGAUCACUGUUUUAAAACAAGACUGUGAACGUAUUCUAGCUCUGCAUGAGGACUUCCUGGAGGAAUGGUUUUUAACGAAAUCCAACGACCCACUUGAAGUGAGAAUUGAUAUGUUAUGA